AUGAAACCAGGCGUGGAAUCGCGAACAAAGGCACUCAAUCGCAAAUUAUUUCAUCAUGCGAAUGGAUAUGAAUGGGUAGAGUGGAAAGCAAUUGAGUGGGAUAACAGACAUACCAGUAAGUAUACCAGGACGCAGGCGUGCCGGAGGGAAAGUAAGACGGAAGGCGUAGUGUUGAUGAUGAUUAACUAAGACGAAGUCGGGAAAAAGGAACAUGAAGUAGUUGAUGGUGUUGCUGCAGCUGACAGCCCGCUCUUUGGCUGAAAAGGAAACUCAGGUCGAAACCCUAAAGAUCUAAAAGCUGUCACCACACCACACGCACGAAAACCUGCGCUGCCGCAGUAUCAUACUUUCGGAAUUUCAAGCGCUAGCAAAUCUCGAGAUUCAACAAUCAAAACGCCCCACAACAUAUUCGACCUUCACGAUCAGCACCACAAACACCACCGCCAGCCUAUCUGUCUGGAGAAAAUAUCCGCGAUGAGCUGCGAUGUUAAGACCACCCAAUGGCGGUAUGUUUCACUCCCUUACCACUCCCGACCGACCGAGGGGAGCGAGAACCCCGCACGGGAACAACUACAAGGAGGAGGGAAAUUUUUCCAAGGUAAUAUCGAAGUGCUGAUUGUGAGAAUUUGGAUAAAUCUAGCCUCGUUGAGGUCGGCCGUGUCGUCCUUCUUAACAAGGGCCCAUACUGCGGAAAGCUGGCUACUGUCGUUGAGAUUAUCGACCACAAGCGUGUAUGUUCCCCCUACACAUACAUAUCCAAUCUAUCAAAUACAUCUCAAAGGAGUUCUGACCGUCUUCGAAACUUCGAUAGAUCCUCAUCGACUCCCCCACCAUCCCCCGCCAGUCUUACUCCCUAAAGAAUGUCACCUUGACACCCAUCGUCAUCGACAACCUGCCCCGCGCCGCCCGCAACGGCAUCGUCAAGAAGCUCUGGGAAAAGUGCGACGUAGACACCAAAUGGGCCGAGUCCUCCUGGGCCAAGAAGAUCGCCUCCAAGGAGACCAGGAGAAACCUGAGCGACUUCGACAGAUUCCGUGUUUUGGUUCUUAGGAAGCAGAGGAGGUAUGAGAUUAGAAAGGCUGCUGCAAAGGCUUAAUGUUUGUGGAAGUUUUUCUUUCUCGGUAAUGGGUGGGGGCUUUCUUUGUUGUGGAAAUCAAAAUAAAUUCUCCUGGUGA